CCCAGAAGGCCUCCCAUUUUUGACUUGGGGCAGCGGGGCUGAUGGCGGAAGGGGAGGCAGAGGCGGAGAGCCGGACCGAGAGCGGCAGCGACAGCGGCGGGGGGAGUCGUGUCGCCGCCGCCGCCGCCAUCGAGGUCCCCGGAGCCGGGUCCCUGGAGCGGGGUGUGGCGGCCAUCAAGCCUCAGUACCUUACCACCAAGGAGCAGUUCCACGCCUUCCUGGAAACCAAAGGGAAAGAUGCAGGGGGCCAGGGCACGGAGAAGCCGGCCGGAAGCGAUGCCGAAGAGGAAGAACCCACGUGCAAGGGCUUGCCCGAGCCCGCAUCCAAGAAGAUAAAGCUUGAAGAGGAGAAGGAAGAAACGCAGGGCCGGGGAGCGGACGAGGUGGAGCAGCAGCGGAAAAGGAGAGCCAGGGGACAGAAUAAGAACCGGCCGCACGUGAAGCCCACGCAUUACAGUGAGAACAAGCUGUGUCCGUCCCUCAUCCAGGCGUCAGCCGACAAGUGCUUCUUCGGCGAGCGCUGCCGCUUCCUGCACAACCUAGCCGGCUACAUGGCUGCCAAGCCCCCGGACCUCGGGGACAGGUGUGUCCUGUUCGACACCUUCGGGAAGUGCAUCUAUGGCGUCACCUGCCGCUUUGCCGGGGCUCACCUGGGGGAGCAGCAGCAGAACCUGGUGGAUGCCGAGCGGGCUGCGCAGUGGCGGGACAGGCAGGUGGUACGCAACGGCCUGAGCAAGGAGCUCCAGCAGCAGCUGCGCAAGAAAAUGGUGCUCUUCGGCCGCUCCGAGCGCUACCUCCGCCAGUUGAACGGCCCGGCCCGAGGAGGGGCCGGGAAAGGCCGCACCCCGGACCCCGGGGCCGGAGAGGUGGGGGGCGGCGGGGGGCGGGAGGGCCCGGCCCCCGCGCGGGAAGACCCGAGUUCUGGCCCGCCGACUUCGGAGUCCCAGGCCGGGGGGCCGGGGGAAGAGCCCGGAGCCGGGGGCGGCGGCACCGUCCGGACUUCGGGACCGCUCACCGACGAGGAUGUCAUCAGACUCCGGCCUGCCGAGAAGAAGGAGUUGGACAUCCGAGGCAAGCUGUACCUGGCCCCGCUCACCACGUGUGGCAAUUUGCCCUUCCGGAGGAUCUGCAAGCGCUUCGGGGCCGACGUCACCUGUGGAGAGAUGGCUGUGUGCACGAACCUGCUCCAGGGCCAGUCCUCCGAGUGGGCCUUGCUCAAGCGUCACCACAGCGAGGACCUCUUCGGCGUCCAGCUGGAGGGCGCGUUCCCAGACACCAUGACCAAGUGUGCCGAACUGCUCAACCGGACUGUCGAGGUGGACUUCGUGGACAUCAACGUCGGGUGCCCGAUCGACCUGGUGUACAAGAAGGGCGGGGGCUGUGCCCUGAUGAAUCGCUCCAACAAGUUUGAACAGAUUGUCCGAGGAAUGAAUUCGGUGCUGGACGUGCCCCUCACUGUGAAGAUCCGGACGGGAGUACAGGAGAAGGCCAACCUGGCUCACAGGCUCCUCCCCGAGCUCCGGGCCUGGGGCGUGUCACUGGUCACGCUCCACGGCCGGUCCCGAGAGCAGCGCUACACCAAGGUGGCCGACUGGCAGUACAUAGAGCAUUGUGCGCAGGUGGCCAGCCCCAUGCCGCUGUUCGGAAAUGGUGAUAUUCUCUCUUACGAAGAUGCAAACUGUGCCCUGCGGACAGGUGUUUCUGGAGUCAUGAUCGCCCGAGGGGCCCUUAUCAAGCCGUGGCUUUUUACCGAAAUCAAAGAGCAGCGCCACUGGGACAUUUCUUCGGGGGAGCGACUGGAGAUCCUCAGAGACUUCACCCGCUUUGGACUGGAGCACUGGGGCUCGGAUACGCAGGGCGUGGAGAAAACCAGGAGGUUUCUGUUGGAGUGGCUGUCGUUCCUGUGCAGGUACAUCCCCACGGGUUUGCUGGAACAUCCCCCCCAGAAGAUCAACGAGAGGCCUCCCUACUAUUUGGGCCGGGACCACCUGGAGACCCUCAUGGCCAGUCAGCAUGUGGAUGACUGGAUCCGGAUCAGCGAAAUGCUCCUGGGCCCCGUCCCGCCUGCCUUCACCUUCCUGCCGAAGCACAAAGCCAACUCCUACAAGUAGCCGGGGGGAGGACCGGAGAGGGCAGCGACUUAAACACCACAGACGAGAACAAAGGAAAUAAAGGAAAUAAAUUUCUUUUGUUUCCA